AUGAAGGCACUCUACUAUACCGAGCCCACCAAGUUCUCAAUCAAAGACGUACCAAUCCCUCAGAUCGGUGAUGGUGACAUCUUGCUCAAAGUCUCUUGCUGUGGUGUUUGCGGAACCGACCAGCACAUUCACGAGGGCGAGUUCAUUGCCAAGUUCCCGCUCAUUCCCGGGCACGAGGCAAUUGGCACUGUUGUUAAAAUGGGUAAGAACGUCGUUGGUUUCUCUGAGGGCGACCGUGUCGUGGCCGAUGUCGGCAUUACUUGCGGCAACUGCUUCUACUGCCGUAGGGGCGAAACCCUUCUUUGCGAGGACUUUAAUGCUCGCGGUGUCACGCAGGAUGGAGGUUUCGCCGAAUACAUUGCCUACAAACAGGAAAAGUGCUACAAGAUCCACAAUUUGACCGAUGAGGAAGCCACUCUACUUGAGCCUGCUGCAUGCGCUAUUCAUGGGCUCGAUAAGCUCCGCCCAAAGGUUGGAUGCGAGGUCCUGCUUCUUGGUGCUGGUCCUACCGGCCUCAUUCUAUCCCAACUUCUCAAGCAGAACGGCGCAGCCAAAGUUGUCAUUGCUGCCAAUAAGGGAAUGAAAAUGGACAUUGCUCGCCAACUAGAUGCUGCAGACGAAUAUAUUGAGCUCGACCGAAAAAUCCUGAGGCCCAAUGGGCGAAGCUCAAGGAAGAUUAUAAACUCUUACCGUACACAGGUCGAAGCAACCGGAGUUGAAAAACUUGCAAACGACGCUAUCAACUACGUUCGUCGCGGGGGAACUCUGAUGAUCUACGGUGUCUAUGAGAACAAGGCCCUCGUCCACUGGCCGCCUUCUAAAAUUUUCGGGGAUGAGAUCACGAUUAUCGGCUCCUUCUCCCAAACCUACUGCUUCCCGCGUGCCGUCCAAUAUCUUGACAGCGGCAAGAUCAAGACGAAGGGAAUGGUAACCGACGUUUAUAAGCUUGCCGACUUCCAACAAGCCCUUGAUAAGAUGGCUUCGCGCCAAUGCUUGAAGAUUGCUAUCAAGCCUGAGUGUGCACAGAUUAUAAUGCAUGCAUAG